ACCUGUGCCCAGCAGUGCCACCCACCUGUGCCCAGCAUUGCACCAGUCAGUGCCCAGCAGUGCCGCAAGCCAUUGCCGCCUAUCAGUGCUGACUAUAGUGCCAACUCAUCAGUGCCAUCUAUGAGUGCCACCUAUCAGUGCUGCCUAUCAGUGUCACCUAUCUGUGCCACCUCAUUAGUGCUGCCUCUCAGUGCCGCCUAUCAGUGCUGCCUAUCAGUGCCCAUCAGUGCUGCCUAUCAGUGCAGCCUCAUCAACGCACAUCAG